UGUGAAGACAACACCUCCUAAUGGGUAUACAAGUCGUUGUUUUGCCGUUUCGACCCUCACUCAAAGCUCAUCAAUCUUACUUACUUUGGCAGAAAACACUGAGGAAGGACAAAUUCAAGAACAAGUGAAAGAAUACGAUGAGGAUGAUGAGGAAGGACAGACUCGAAAGAAACUUAAAGCUUUAGCAUAAUAAUUAUGUUAAUGAAUCAUACUUUAGCUGAAUUACUUCUCACAUUUAAGUUAUUUACAUCUUAGCAUCAACAUUUAUCGUAUUUUUAUUGUGUUGUGUUACUUUCUCAUUAUUUCUCAACAAAAUGACUAAGUUGUCUCACAUUUUUUUUAUCUCUUUUGUGCUUCAAUACCUACAAAUUAAUUUGGGUGUGGUUGUCAUUUUAUAACAUACUUAAUUAUGAACUUAAAAUCACAUCGUUUACUUCAAUGAAUGAUUGUUUAAGAAUGUAGGGAGUACUUUCUACAAUCUUACUCCAGAUGCAAUAUAACUAAGAAACUUGAAUGAUACAUUUAUGUUUGAUGACACAUCUGAAUUAGAUCCCUAAGCAGUGGAUUUUUUCCCCGUCAAAAUGACUUAUUCUGAAUUUGUUUGUGCUUUGUGGAUGAAGUUAAAUAUUUACCUGUUGGAAAGUUUUGCUCUUUAAAUGGUAUCAAUAGGAUAUGCUCUUGAGUUCACCAAGUGAGUUAUUAUUUAUUUUCCUUAACUUAUAUAAGAGUUUGUUAACAACUAGACUUCAUACAGUGGAAUUUCUGAAUGGCUUCUUUUCUAAAAACACACAAAACCAAAAGAGAAACAUAGCAAAGAGGAAUAAUAAGGAGAGAAGAUCAAGUAGUCUAUUCUUAUAUUAAAAACGUGAGUAGAAGAUUAGGAAAGCGGCUAGCAAGAUGAAUGGACGGAUAUGUAGCAGCACAUGGCCGCGGAAAGUAAAAAAAAGAAACUCCAUAGCUAAAAAAAACUUAUUGCCUGGGAGAAGGAACACUUAGCCACAAGAAGAACCGAAGGAAAAACGCAGAUCUAAAUAUGCCUAUCAACAACCAAACCAAACCAAACAAAACAAAACAGCUAUUGAAUAAAUGCAUAUCUAAAGUUUUAUUAAACAAAAAAAAUUGCUAUUGAAUGACAAGUGAAAAAAUCAUCUCCUAUUCUGUUUGUCCCUAUUUUUUAACGAAGGAUUUUAGCAAUGUUUGAGAUCUGAAAACAUGGAAAAUAUAUUUUUUAAAUUCACAUUACAUAAACAACAACACACAUGGAAUCAGCAAUCCGGCCAAUCAUUUCUUGGUAAAUAUUUUAUUACUACGUCCGAAUUAAUAUGGAGACUGAAGAAAAAGCUUUUAUUAAUAAUUAUAAACAACUCCUAUCAAUUAUGAACACCAAUAUUUUUGGUAUUGAUGAGUUUAAAAUUAAUGAGGAUAACUAUCAAAUGCCCAACAAAGUUCCCUCGGUCGCUAAGACUCUCAUACUAUAUCAGUUACACAACGACAACCAACAUACCAUCGAAGUAAAUGUGUUGCCCCCUACCUUUUCAAUGUACAUAACAGCCUAUUCACCGACGUUGUUAUGGAGAGAGGAAAGAGAAAACGCAAGAGGAAUGAAGAUGUUGAAUCAAGUAAUGCGAACGAACAAAGGGCCAAUUGCUCAUCUACAGGGAUGAGUCGACAACACCAAAUUUCAACACAAGUUCGACAAAAUCAUUAUAGAUAUAUUUUGCCAAGAGCAUUCACAGCCAAAUCAUUAUAGAUCCCAAAUCAAUUCUUAUUGUAACCGCAACAUUCACAGCCAAAUGUUAUGAGCUUUCCCGGUGAAAGUCUUAAGGUCGAUGAGACCAUUGCAGCUUGAAGAUGUGAUUAUAGGGCAGUAUAAAGGGCAUAACAAGGGUAUAAAGUCCUAUCCAGGAUAUACAGACGACCCAACUGUGCCCAAAGACAGUAUUACCCCAACCUUUGCUGCUUUAGCUUUAUUCAUUAAUAACGCCCGCUGGGAUGGGGUUCCUUUCCUUAUGAAAGCUGGAAAAGCACUGCACACUAAGCGAGCAUAGAUCAGGGUUCAAUUCAGACACGUGCCUAGAAAUUUGUUCAAGAAAAACUUUGGAACUGAUUUGGACAAAGCAACAAAUGAGUUGGUGCUUCGCUUACAACCAGAUGAAGCCAUUUACUUGAAAAUCAACAACAAGAUUCCCGGUCUAGGGAUGAGACUUGACCGAAGUGACCUUAAUCUUUUAUACAAAGCAAAGCAUCGGAGUGAAAUACCAGAUGCAUAUGAGAGGCUGCUGUUGGACGCGAUAGAAGGAGAGCACAGGCUGUUCAUAAGAAGUGAUGAGCUGGAUGCUGCUUGGGCGUUGUUUACACCUUUAUUAAAAGAAAUGGAAGAGAAGAAGAUUGGACUUGAGAUGUAUCCAUAUGGCAGCAGGGGUCCUGUUGGGACCUACUAUCUUGCUGCAAAGCAUAAUGUUCGUUGGGGAGAUCUGUCUGGUGAUGAAGAUUGACUAUAUUUGUACAUAGUAUAUUACAAUGUUCAUCAAUAGUCUUCUAUACAUCCUCCCCAAUGUCCCCAUG